UGUGUUUCAACUCAUUUUCUCCGCUCUAAAUAUACUGUUGGGGUUUUAAUUCACAUUUCAAAAGGGGUCCCCCGGAUGGCGUCGUCUAGCUCUGGUGCUAACAAUGUACCACCUCCAGUUCCACCGCGUCCUGUCAACUUGCCACGCCCCAGUAUGCUGCAGUCUGAACGGAAUGAAAGUCACAGAUCCUCCAGAUCCAGUUACAUAGUUUUGGUGUAUCUCCUAGUCGUGGUUAUACUACAGCUCGCCUUGGUUCAAUGGGAACUUGUGUCAUACUAUAAACCAUUGACAGAUCUCUUUUUGGGCAAGUACUGGAUAAGUGUAGCCUGCAUGCUGAUUUCAGCUCCACUUUUGGCCAUAUUCCUGCUUAUACGAGAAAUUCGAUAUUUACCAAUUCUCGGCUGGGUGCUCAUGUGCUUCAUUAUAGAGCUAAUGGUAAUUGGUGUUUGCACCUUGGCUGCUUACUGUCAUGCACUCAGCUUCUUGAUUUACUUCACCAUAACUGCAAUUCUGAUGAUCGUCUUUGUGCUAAUUGGAUCCUUAAUUCCCUGCGACUUAACUGCUAAUGUGGCUAUGUUGUUCAUAGUCGGCUUUCCGAUAUUUCUGUAUAGCAUAUAUCUUCUUAUGAUCUUCAUGAUGAUUGAUUCAGGCGACGGAUUUUUCAUCUCCUUCGCUGUAUUGGUUUUAAGUAUUGUCUGUAUGUUUACCAUGUACCAUGCCCAACUAAUUCGAGGUUGGCGAUAUGCAGAGCUAUAUACCACCGAUGGACUCUUUGCCGUGAUCGUCCUUUUCUGUCACUUUUGCAUUAUCCUGAUGCUUUUCUGCUUUUUGGAUUGGUCACAAGCUGAUACUGAUUCUUCUGAAUCUGAUACUACUGCAACCUCUAAUGAUUUUAUUCAAAGCGUGUCCGAUGAUUUCAAAAUGGGACUUUUAAGUACGGGCCAACAUUUUGAAGAUGUAAUAAAUCUUUGACUGCAGUUUCUUUAAGAAACCUAU